UAUAUCCGAUUUUAUCGUCUGCAUCUGCAUUGAUCCUUGAAAAUAUGGCAGAAAGAGAAGGUGUUGAGAGUCAGUCAUUACAGACAACUAAGAAAAGAAAACCGAAUUGGACAGCAGAUGAAUGCUUGUUUUUAAGCAAGUGUGUAGACGAACAUAAAAGUAUCCUUCGAGCUAAAUUCGGAACGGGGGUUACGACAUUAAAGAAACGGGAGAUUUGGAGGAAAAUCACAGAUGCCAUCAAUGCCUCUUCCUCCACCAAGCGAACGGUGGAGGAGGUUGAUAAGAAAUGGCACAAUAUACAGAUGAAGGGGAAAGCAGAGCUGGCAGACGCACGACGUAGUGUGAAACAAACGGGCGGUGGACCAGCGGGAAAACCUUUAACGCCAUUAGCAGAAGCAGUUGGGAGUGUUAUUGGUACCAACAAUAUAAGUAUCAGUGGGAUCCCUGGUACAGUUGACACAACAUAUCUAAUGCUCGACAGACCAAAGAUCAGCACGGAAACCACAGCGAGUACGAUUGAAUCAGAUGGCCUUGUGACUCAAGAUCUCCAUGUCAUCAGCACCAGUGAAUCUGGAGAUGGGCAGCAACAAAUAAACUUUGUUACUGUCCCACAGCCAAACGCAUGUCCUACCAAUGUUUGCACCCACACCGUAAUUGACCCGCAUCUGCAAAAGCAGAAGCUAGAACUAGAAAUUGAGAAUCUCACCCUCCGAAACAAGUUUAUACGACUUCAGAUUGAAAGAAUUGAAGGAGUAGAUACAAGUAGUGAAUUAUAAGCGCUUUGACACGAAUUUACUCACAUUUAGUAAUUAUCAAAUAGUUCUAUAAUCUUGAAUUAAAUAAUGCUGCCAGUACUUUUUUAAUUAUUUGUAUCUUUUCAUUUACUGUUACGCAGUGACC